CUUAUAUUGUAAUUUCAUCUAGUAUUCGCGACAUGACGUCUAAAAAAUUAAUAAACACUACACGGGCGAACUACCAACUUUUUCUUAUAUUGGUGAUCAAGUACUGUUGUCGCGACAAACGAUCAUGCCGUCAUGUUUCGUACCUCCGCGUGUCAUGUCAAAGUAAAUUCUGUAUGCGUGUAGCACCACCGUGAUUGAC